ACUAGCAAAACAUUCGACCGUCUUCCAGAACUUCAGUGUUCUUGAAGAAGCCACAACUUCUGCAACCACCUACAACUACUGCAGUUGUCACAUUUUCUUUCUCUUCAACACCACUGUUGAACUUUUCUGGUACCAUGGCCAACAGGUACAAUCCCAAGCGCAGAGGAGGCACUACUUACCGUGGGCCGAACCAUCAACAUGACAACCCCGCCAGGCCCCAAAGCUCUCGUGGUGCCUCUCAGGAAGAAGCCGACUACAUGAGAGAGCACAACCACAACAUGAGCCUUCGAAUCAAGGAGCUCAUCGCUGAGAACCAGCAGUACUCCUGCAAGAUGCUGAGCUCUAAGGCCAGGAUCGAGCACCUGCAGGAGAUUCUGCAGGAGAAAGAGAAGGAGCUACAGGACGAACGCCAGCAGAAUGAGGAGAGAAUCUCAGUCCUGGAAAUGCAGCUAAAAGAGCGCAAGGAGGCCGAAGAACUGGCUGAGAACACCAUCGAGUCCAAAGAACAACAGGACUUUGAGGUCUCCAUCGAGAACAUGAAAACAUCGUCCAUGAAUUGGGGAGACUACAUGGACGAUGUCGAUGAAAUGCAAGAGCAGCUGGAACUUAAAGACAGAGAGAUAUUGAAUCUUAAAAAGGAGAACCAGAGUCUCUCUGCUGCUCUCAAAACUGCCAAGAACCUGCAGAGAGAUGGAGACAAAUCUCUGGAGGACAACAAAGAGCUGCAAGACCAGAAAAAGGCACUUGAUGAGGAAAGAAAAGCAGUUCAGAAAGCCAAGAAAGAGCUCGAGCAGAAGACAAAAGAACUGCAUGAGGAAAAGAUCUUUCUGGAGAAACACCAGAAAGAACUCCAGACAAACCAGAAAGAGCUUGAGCAGAAAAGCAAAGAUCUGCACGACGAAAAGCUCUUACUUGAAAAACAGAAAAAAGAAGUCCUGAUAAACCGGAUAAUAGUUGAGCAGAAGGACAAAGGGUUUCAAGAAGGAAAGAUGUGUCUGGACAAGCAGAAAAAAGAAGUCCAGACAAAUAAGAGAGAACUCGCGCAGCAGAGUAAAGAUCUGCAAAAGGAGAAGAACUCACUUCUCGAGCUGAAAAAAAAAGUGAAGAGAAAGAUGGAACAGCUCGAGCAGAAGACCUACGAGCUGCAAGACGACGAGGAGGAGCUCGAGCAGGACAGAAAACAGCUGCAGAAUGAAAAUAAUGCAUCAGAGGAGAUGAAAAAAGAGCUUCAAGCUGAGAAGAAAGAACUUGAAGAGAUUCGGAAAGUUCUAGAAGCUCAGAAUGUUGAAGUCAACAAGGAGAAGUCAGAAGUGGAGCAACAGAGGAAGAUUCUGGACGAGAAACAGAAAGAACUGGACGAGGUGAAAGAGAAAAUGAAGGAGGCUUAUCUGAAGAUGAAAGAGGAGAAGAAAAAAGCAAGUAAAGACAUGAAGACAAAACUAGAGAUGGAGGACAAGAGCGAGAUCCUGGAGCGAAAAAAUAUAGAAAUCCAGGGAAAGAUUGACGAACUGGAGAAAGAAAAGAAAAAACUAGAAGAAGAGAAUAAAAGACUCCAGGACAACAAAAAAGAAUUGAAGCAAGAAAAGACAGAAAUGGAGGUGAAGUAUGAGAAUCUGCAGAGCGAGAACCAAGAACUGAAGCAGCAGAAAACAGAAACAGAAGACAGAAAUAAAGAGCUGCAAGAAGACAAGAUGAACCCACAGGAAGAAAUUCAAGACCUGGCAGUGAAGCAGCAAGAAAAUGAACAAACGAAGAAGAGGAAGAAGGUGGGCUGCUGGAGCUGGCUGUUCAGGAAGUCCUGAGGUGGACGAGGCUCAUGAGCUUCCUCUGACUCACCCCUUCCUCACCCUCCACUCCCCCUUUUUCUCCCUCCUUCAACUCUCAUCCUUCCUGCCUCCAUCUCAUCGUCACCUCUUCAUCCUCCUUCCAUCAUCCAAAAAACACCUUCCUCACCUCUUCAACCUCAUCCCAUCUUCUCUCUACCUCACCUCAACACCCCCCCAAAAAUCCCUAAAAAAUAAAAAAAAACAAAAAUAUUUCUUCAUGUUUCUGCAUAUUCUCCAUGUUACUUAUCACCUCAGUUUAAUUACCAGCAUUACUUUUUACUGUUCUAUUCUAACUGUAUUUUAAUUCACCUGUUUUAUUUCUGUGAUGUGGAUUGAAGCUUAUUUGCAGAUAUACUAAUGUCUGUAAAUAAAAGAAUGUCAGUUCUCAGCAAUAACAUAAAAAAGAAACACAUUAAUCCACCAUGUUUUCCUAAGAAAACUCUGACCUCAUGUAUUAUAUGUGACUUUCUCUACUGUAUAUAGCAGCUACUGCUAGAAAAUGUCUAAAUUUUCUUGUAUUUUGUGGCAAUUUUGUUGAUCACUUGUAGC